AUGGCGCACACAAUCCGGUGGGGUAUCAUGGCCACUGGCUGGAUCGCAACUACUUUCGUCCGCGAUCUUCUCAAAGACCCGAAAGCCCGCGACGCCUCCGACGUCGCCCACCGAGUCAUCGCCGUCGCCUCAUCCUCCGCUAAAGCCAAAGCGACCCAACUCAUCUCUUCCCUAGGUAUCCCAGGGCCCUGCACCGCCUACGGUAACUAUGAAGACCUCGUCACCGACUCCGACGUCGACGUAAUCUACGUGGCUACCCCGCACUCCCAUCAUUUCCAGAACGUUAUGCUAGCCCUGAGCGCCGGCAAGAACGCGUUUACGGUUAAUGCGGCCCAGGCGAAGAUCCUGUACGAGACGGCCCGUCAGAAAAAUCUGUUCCUGAUGGAGGCGGUUUGGACUCGGUAUUUCCCGUUGAGUGUGCAGGUGCGCCAGAUUAUUCGCAGCGGGGUGAUUGGGGAGGUGCUUCGCACGGUAGCGGAUACGAGCUUUGGGGAGGCUGUUGAGGAGAAGUGGGCAACGACGCAUCGGAUGGUGAAUCCUGAUUUGGCGGGUGGUGCGUUGUUGGAAUUGGGCAUAUACUCCCUCACCUGGGUCUUCCAAACUCUCUACCACACCCUCCCAAAGGACCAACGCAAACCACCAUCAGUCACUUCCCAAAUGACCCGCUACCACCUCACAGGUGCCGACGAAUCCACCAGUAUAAUCCUCACCUUCUCCACCAGCACGCCCAGCAACACCGCCCUACCUCGCUGCUCGCAUGGUAUCGCCCUAACCAAUAUCCGGGUCUCGAGCGACCCCGACGGACAGGGCACUUCGGGCCCCACCAUCCGCAUCCAGGGCACCAAGGGCGAGAUCCAAGUGUUUGGGUAUCCGUUCAGGCCGACGCGGUAUCGCGUUAUCCCUGUUAAGGGCGCGGGGGAGGUGCGGGAGGUAGAGUGUCCGUUUCCGGAUGGGGGGCAUGGGAUGGCGUGGGAGGCGGAUGAGGUAGCGAGGUGUUUGAGAGAUGGGAAGGUGGAGAGUGAGGGGAUGCCGUGGGAGGAGAGUAUUGCUAUUAUGGAGGUUAUGGAUGAGGUGAGACGGCAGGGUGGGUUGGAGUAUCCGGCUCAGAUUGAGUCGACUGAGUAUCCGCUGCAGUUGUGGGGAUAG